AUGCUUAUAGACGGGGUGCUUGGUCCAGCAGAAUCAGGAAAAUUCAUCGCCGAGCAUGGAAGUUUGGUGAAAAUCAAUCAGAAAGGCGUUGUAAAAGUCGCCGAGCAGAUUCUCGAAGCAGCUAAAGAUGGAUCAAUCAAGGAAGCUCUGUUUCUCUCGCCUGAACUUCAUCCAAAAAGUGGAGAUAAAGAAGCUGUUCAGUGGGUCUUCCUAGUCGACACUAUCAAUUUUUCGUUUUGGCCGGAUGAAGGAGCACAUUAUGAUGUGAGUUGGAAUGGAAAAACCUACACUGGAUAUUUUUCUGCAUGUGCCGCUAUCAACAAAGCGAUAGCCGCGAAAAUUCCAGUUCUUUCUGCAGAAUGGAUGAAAAAUGUCACGGAAGAAGAGAUCGAUCGGAUUUUCAAGUCAGACUCGGGGCACUCAAUCCCACUUCUUGGGGAAAGAGUCAAGGCGAUCAACGAAUCAGGCCGAGUUCUCCUUGAAAAAUUCAACGGCGAAUUCUACAAUUGUGUGAUCAAAUCAGAGAGAUCUGCGCAGACUCUGUUGAAACUAAUCGUAGAAAACUUCACAUCAUUCCGCGACUUCGCAGAAUUCCAUAAUCAGAAGGUUUCACUUUUGAAAAGAGCACAAAUUCUGGUCGCCGACGUCUAUGGCGCACUCCAGGGACACGAUGAUAUUGCCGACUUCAAAGAUAUCUCGACUAUCACGAUGUUCGCAGAUUAUCGCGUUCCACAAGCUCUUGCUUACUUGGGCGCUCUGGAUUAUUCGCAGGAGUUAUUGGAUCAAAUCGGAGAAGGAAAACGAUUGGAUAAUGGAUCGGCAGCGGAAGUUGAAUUGAGAGGAGCGUCGAUUGCGGUUUGUGAUGAAAUUGUUGAUCAUAUGAAUAAACUUCGUGCUACGGAUCCUCGAUACACCGAUGUUCGUGAAGUGACUGCAAUGGAAGUCGACGUUUUUGUCUGGGGAUACAGAAGAAUUCAUGCUGCGGAUGUUGAGAAGAAAAUUCCUUUCCAUAGAACUCGCUGCAUUUAUUACUAA